AUGAAAAUCAUCAUUGUCGGUGCUGGUAUCAGUGGCUGCUCAACCUACCUCUCUCUCCAGAAGCAUCUUCCCCCACCACCGGGAACUGGAAAGCGACAUGCCUACACCAUCUAUGAGGCAUAUGAUACAGCCCGGGACACAACCUUCCGUGAAAGACCAACCUCCGUCACUGGUGAAGGAAUCACCCGAUCCGCAACUCUAGUUGUGGGCGGCGGACUAGGUCUCGGACCCAAUGGCCUGAACGUCCUGCGACGACUGGAUGAAUCCCUACUACGGGACGUCGUACGCGGUGGAUAUCCCUACUCGGAGUUCCACCUCAAAAAUGCCUAUGGAUGGACAUUAAUGAAGGUGCAGGCAACAGCGCAGGUAGAUGGACACGUGAUGAACUCGGUGGCCAUGAGUCGCCAUUCCAUCUGGCAAUGUCUGCGAGAUCGGAUCCCAGAUGAUGUGAUCGUGAACAAGAAGAUUGCGAACGUGAUCCCACAUGGGAGUUCUACAGGAAAACAUAUGGUGACUUUCAUAGAUGGAAGUGAGCCUGUGGAGGCCGAUUUGGUGAUAGGCGCUGAUGGUCUCAAGUCGACCGUGAAACGGGCUCUUUUUGAUGUUGAGGACUCACAAGAUGAUCCAUAUCCUCCGAAAUACGAAGGUCUUGUCGGAGUAGGUGGCUUCACCUCUGUGACAGAGAGUCUCCGACGUAACAUUCCAAAUGGCACAAUGACAAUCACACACGGUGGAUCCGGUAUGUUCGGAUAUGUCUACUCAUCCAGCUCCCAGGCAGAUGAGCACCGGGCCUCAGCGGACCACAUUUCAUCACCUGGCAAUACGGUCACCUGGUGGUCAACAUAUGGGAUGAAAGAGUGCCCGGAUCCUAAAAUUGUGGAUCGUAUGGCCAUCACAGAAGAUCUGCGGCAACGACAUGCGAAUUGGAGUGACCCUGUCAUUCAGGAAAUCAUUCGAUCAGUCAAUGUAGAGACCAUGUACCCGACGUGGACGACGCCAGAGUUGCCGAUCUGGGAUCGGGAUGGCAUCGUGCUACUAGGUGAUGCAGCCCAUGCAUUGCCACCAACCUCGGGGCAGGGCUCGGCACAGGCGUUGGAAGAUUCAGAAUCAUUCCCAAUGAUCCUGGGUCAUUACCUCAAGCGGGUAUAUGGGUAUGAGGAAGUUCGAGAUCCUCCAUCUGCAGAGCUCAGCGAGAAGGAUGCUAUACAGCUUGCUGCAAAGAAACAUACAAUUAUACGGUAUCCGCGCGUCAAGACUCUUCUGGACGAGGCUCAACAGCGUCAGCAGAAAAAGCAACAGAAGAACUUCGUGGAAGAAUUUAUGAUGUAUCUGAUUUUGUGGUUGGUUGAGUGCUCAGGUCUUUUUUCUUCGGCAAACCCGGCCAAGGAUGUGCUAGAAUACAACAUUGCAGAUGAAGUGCAAAAAAUGCUUGCGGAGGACACUUAA